AUGACGACACAGAACAAGAGCCCGGUGCUCUCACAACGGGCAAAGACUGUCUCAGAGGCCACUUCCAGCAGCUUGAUGUGGGACAUCAUGAACAACCCAUGGCACCCAAGCAUCAACCCAGACGGCUACGUUAACGUCGGCGUAGCAGAGAACGCCCUGAUGCACGAAGAACUCCUGCAAUUCCUCAACAAGGAACUCGAGAUGUCGGCCAAAUAUCUCACAUACAACGACGGCGGUGGCGGCUCCGUCAAGCUCCGACAGGCCAUGUGCAAAUUCCUCAACCAUCACCUUCACCCACUUACCCCCCUUGAACCGGAUCACAUCGUUGUCACGAACGGCGUUUCUACCGCCAUCGAGCACGUCUCCUGGGCAUUCGCUGAUCCGGGCGAGGGCAUUUUGCUCGGCCGUCCUUACUACGGCAUGUUCAUGCAGGAUAUCUCCCUCCGACCUGGUGCCAAGGUCGUCCCAGUAAGUUUUGAUGACGUCGAUCCAUUCAGCCUCGCGGCGGUGGAUAAAUACGAAAAAGCGAUCCUGGACUUCCAACAAAGUACCGGCAAACGAGUCCGGGGCCUGAUGCUCUGCCACCCGCACAACCCACUCGGCCGCUGCUACCCCCGCGAAACAAUCAUCAAAUUGAUGCAGCUGUGCCAGAAGUACCAAGUGAACCUGAUAAGCGACGAGAUCUACGCCUUAUCCGUGUGGGAGAAUACAGUAGAUCAGGAUCCGCCGCCAGUCAAAUUCGAGUCUGCAUUGUCGAUUGAUCUGCGUGGGAUCAUCGAUCCCGGCCUAGUCCACGUCCUCUGGGGCAUGAGCAAGGACUUUGGCGCGAACGGAAUCCGCAUCGGAGCGAUCAUUUCCCAAUUCAAUGAGUCCUUUCAUCUGGCGAUGAAGGGGAUCUCACUGUAUUCCUAUACAUCCGGGAUCUCGGAUCAUCUGAUAUCGCUUCUUCUGGAGGACUUUGCCUACACAGACUCGUAUAUCAAGGAGAAUCAGAGACGGCUGGCGGAAUCAUAUGCGUACAGCGUUGGGGUGUUGAAGAGUCAGGGAAUUCAGUAUGCACCGGGUUGCAAUGCUGCGUUUUUCCUGUGGGUUGAUCUGGGGAAGAAGUAUCGCGAGUUGCAUCCUGGUGUUUCCGAGAUGACGGAGGUUGGAGAGAAGGUCAUGCAGAAUUUGUUGCAGAGAAAGGUUUUCUUGGCGACAGGUGCUCUGUUCGGGGGUGAGAAGGAUGGGUGGUUUAGGAUUGUUUUCUCUCAACCUAGAGAUUAUCUUGCGGAGGCUUUGGGGAGAAUUUUUGCGGCUGUGAAUGAUGAAUAG